GAUUGCCGCGAGUAAGAGCCAGUGUAAACAGGGAGUAAAUUUUCACCCAUCGUAACGAACAAAAAGGUCAAUUGAACCCCUUCACUCAUUAUCUUUAACAUACGAAGAGACCUUCUUUGGGCCAAUCAUCUAAAUAAUCUUUUAUUCUUGUAAAUGUUUUUUGCUGCCUGCACCAAAGACAAAUACAACACGUAUAUUCUGGCGGUGUUUAUAAGCAUCUAACGAAAUGGAUUUUCAGAAUUUGUAUACGAGGAGACUGUGUUGGCCAGGACGCCGGAUACUCGGCCAUUCGAUUGAUGUUGGAAACUCAUUGUCGCCCGAUAACAACCCGAUUUGACAGAGCAAUGGAGCCCGAGGCAUUCCUCGAAGAUGUGAGUAUUUACACCGUGUUUCUGGCUUUGCUGGUGCUCCCUUUAACAUGGCUAGUUAUCAAGCGACACAGAAACAACAGCGAUGGGCCUACAUACACCCUACCUCCGGGCCCUCGACGGUGGCCACUACUUGGGAACAUACCCGGUAUGAUGAUGGCCGGUGAUAGUUCUAAGUACAUGAGCGAUUUGGUGUCGCAGUACGGACCGGUAUUCACGCUCUACAUGGGUCCAAGACCGGUGGUGGUCCUCAACAAGUACCACUCCAUGAAGAAGGUCCUCUUGGAUGGCCACUUACUCAGCGACAGGGGAUCCCUUCCAGCGCUUGAGGAUUACUUCAAAGGAAGAGGUGUCAUAGGGUCCCACUACACUGCGUACUGGAAGAAAACACGCAAUUUUGUCAUCCAUUCGUUACGGCACUUUGGUGUCGAACGACAGAGCUUUGAAGGUGUCAUCGCGUCUGAGGCCGACAACCUUAUCAAAGGCAUCCGAGAAAGAGGUACCCUCGACCCGCUAAUGAACCUCCAGUCGAGUACAUGCAACGUCAUUUGUGGCGUUGUUUUCGGAAAUCAGUACUCCCUCGACGAUCCGCAGUUCGUUGACCUCCUCGAUACCCUUUACAAAUCUCUGCGGGCCAUCGAAUACGCUGCGGUGAGCAGCCUCGUCCCAGGCCUGCACUACUUACCCGGAUGCUCCUAUCAAAAGUUCUACGGCCACAUGGACAAGUUGAUGCAGUUCUUCCGCGAGGAAAUCAACGCCCACGACCAGAUAUCAGAUCCCGAUUGCCCACAUGACCUCAUUGAUAUGUACCUAUCCGAAAUUCACCGAACCACACCUGAAGACCCGACGUAUGGUCUCUUUAGUAAGACAAACCUGCAGUUUGUUGUGAAUGAUCUGUUUAUGGCAGGCACGGAGACACUUGCUACUGUCUUGUAUUGGGCGAUUCUUCUCCUCGGUUCUCAUCCUAGCAUACAGGAAAGACUGCACAAAGAGAUGGAUGACGUAACGUAUGAUUGCGAUCACGUGACCUUGGCCGAUGGUGCAUCGAUGCCGUAUACGAAGGCAACGAUCGACGAAUGCCUUCGCUAUGCCAGUGUCGCCAUCUCCUCGAUGCGCUCAACGACAUCUGCUAUGACGAUCGACAAAUACCACCUCGAGGUCGGGACAUGGAUCAUGCUGAACUACGAAUACUCUUCGUUUGACCCAGAAUGUUGGCCAGAGCCUAGGAAAUUCAAACCCGAGCGCUUCUUGGACGAGCAUGGCCAAUACUGCCCAGAUGAGCAUCUGAUAUCGUUUAGUUUGGGUAAGCGCAACUGUAUCGGUGAGAAGUUAGGACGCAUGGAACUCUUCCUUUUCUUCGCGAAUAUCAUCAAGAACUUCGAGUUGGCCUUCCCGGAUGACGCGCCCCACCCAAGCCUCGAAGCAGUCCCAGGGGGUAUGGUGAGGACGCCGCAUAGGUAUAGGGUCUCCUUCAAAGACAGAAAAGCAUCAGUGACGUGAAUCAUUGAACGGAACCAUGGCCAUCGAUAAGUUUGACCGAUCAAGAAGGGUCCGUCGCAAUGACAAGGACAAUUUCGUACUUUAAUAGAACAAAAUAAGCAAUGAAUAAACUUCGAAAUUUAUGGGUCAUUAUAAUUAUACAUGUAUAUAUGACCGUGGUCGGUGAUUUGCAAAGCUGCCAGUUCAGUUACAUAUGACUUUAUUUUAAUUUGUAAAUUAUUGAUAUUUAUAAGAGGAAUACGAUAUAUAUAUUUUGGAUACUGUGUAUCUUUAUGCGUAAAAAAUAAAUAUUUUAUUUUCAUAUCUGUUAUUUCUACCGUACUGAAUACAAGUGACGAAUUAUUAGCUUGCAAGUAGACUUAAACUAGCUCCCCUGCAUCGGAACUUUUAAGUUUAUAUUCCCGAUUAAACUUUUGUUCUCCAUUUGCGACAAACUGAUAAAUUUAUUUUCUUGUUUUGCUUUUCAUUUAAAUUUAGACCCUUCCACAUGAAUGUCUUAUUGUAUGAAUGUACCUGUCGUGGGAUCAAAAUGCUCUUUAUACCCACGAAAACAUGCAAAUGCCUAUUUUAUGCCGUCACGGGGCGCCCCGAGAACGAUCUUGGAACACAUCGCCAGGUGGUCCGAGAUAGGUUUGCUCAGAAGGGGUCUCGGGUAAGUUUGUGCGUUUACACCGGAUUAGAAACCUGCCCGAGACUGGUUUCGGGGCGCUCCGAUACUACUUAGGAAUUCCUGUGUAACAGAGGUUUUAUACAACAUUCUCUUGCCCACUCAACCCCUGCCCGUUGGAAACGAGUCACUGCAUGCGACUGUGUUUAUGGUAUAUACGUAGCGUCUUCAAGUGUUCAAGGAGUUGCUCACAUCUUAUCAGGUGCAAUCGAUAUAGAUUUGUAUUCAAACUCAAUAUAAAAUAAAUAUAUACAGUAGUUCUUCAUUU